CGCAAAAUUGCUUUGACAAUUAUGUACUAUGAAGUAGUGCGACAAAAAAGAACGCGCGAAAAAAAGACCAUUUCUGAACCGUGACCUAUUACAGUGCUACAUGCAAACAUUAUUUUUCAAUCAGCACAGGAGAGUGAUCUCCAAAAGGAAUCAAAUGAACAAAAAUUCGUAGCAGUAGGAGUAGUUCGGAGCAUAUCCUUCUAGCUGCACAAGCAGUGGGAUUAGUGUACUGACUACUUCGGCUACUUUUCAACUUCGUUUUAAAUAAGUAUCCACGCACAAUUCUGUAGUAGUCCCUAGCCCGACCUUUGGAAAACUGAGGAAAAAUUUGCAUGGAAUUGGUUCUCGAAGCCCUGGUGGAGCUUGAUGUCUAUAAUUUUUGAUGGAGUCGUCCUAGGCCGACUCGACGAUUUACUUCUUCAAGGUUUCAAGCUCACGGGAUACAAAAGGGCAGCAGGAAGUUUGCUCCAAUAUAAUUUGUUUCCAGUAAUACAAGCUCGGCAGUUUUCCAAAGAUUGUGGGACACAGCCACACUAGUUUUUCCUCUCCACAAAUUCGAUUGCAGUAGAACGAAAGGAUCAAGUCGUCGCGUUUGCACUUUUAAAGUGGCAGUACGACCUUUCAAAAAGGUUGGAAGCUAGAAACUAUCCCCAGCAAAAAGGAAUAAUCACCAGUGGCGACGGGUCGGGCGAGCCAACGCGACCGUGUGGCGAUGCAGCAAAGAGAGGCCUUUUCUGCUGCACGCAACAAGGCUGGGAUGGAUCCGGGUUUGACGAAGGUGUAUUGCGGGGCGGGGAAUACGUUGUUGGAGGUAAGAAGACGUUCUAGUGUUUUGAUGCCUACAGCAUGACAACUCAAGAUGCGAGUUCAAAAACAUAUGCAUAUUUUUGAUUGAAGAAAAGCAUGACAAAUUCAUUUUCAAAAUAGGACCACGAUGACGUUUUGACGGAGGAUGGAGUGCAGGCUUCGAAAUCGAUGUACGACAGGAAAAAUUAGAAUUCGGGGAAAUAGAGGCGAGAAAUUCGUUCCUAUUGCAUGAUGAUAUAGCGAAGGAUAUUUGCUGCAUAGUACCCUCAAAGCGUAAAACAAGAAUGAUUUGCCGAACUGAGAUAGACCUUGCCAAUUUCCAGCAUUGCUUGUUUUUCCUCCAUACUUUGCCGUGGAAAUUCACAACGAAAACCGGCCCCAAAGGACCGCCGCCGGGCUUGGAUCUGGAAACCGUAACCUUGGAAAAAUUUUGUGUCUACAUGUUGAAAUUGAGUGUGUUGCUUGUGCUGUGCCUGCUGUGCAGAAGGACGGAAUGUAUAGCCCACUUUUUAUGCGGAAGAAGUGAGUACCAUCGUCUGCAUGUUGACAUCGAAAUAGAUGACAGAAUGGCAUUUCAAUUUUGACCCGACACAAGAUUUCGUCCGGAUACGCCGAGGAAGAAGAAAUGUGGUUCCACGCUGACGAAAAACCUGGCGCGACGAUUAGCCUUCCGAAUUUGGUAUCAACCAGAAAAAUGAUGUUUCUUCCUUCCGAAUUUCUCCGAGCGUUACAUGCUGUGGUGAACACAGCCGCCGUCAUUGAUAACUUUUUUAAGAUCAAAGGAUCAUUGCAUGAAAGAACUAAACGCCUUAUGGCAUCUAGAUUGUCCAAGCUCUACAGCGCUUGUCAGACGGUAGCUCAAGUUCUUCCCCUUCUCUAUGUACUACGCCAGCAAUAAGUUGUCCUUCUUUUGGUAAAUUCGGCCCCUCUCAUUUUGCAAGCCCAUACCCGGAGUCCGUGAACGCCAACCCGAUCGUGAAUCUGCGCAAACGUUCGUCUGGAGAAGCGUUCGGCCGUCACCGCGAUCGCCUGAUGACUCGUAGCCAGGUAUAAAGGGAGUAUGAAAAAGUGAGGUUUUGUUUGUUUUGUGUGACUUUGCAUGUGCCUUUAAACGACGACCGUGCUUGUUUGUAAUGCACACAUAUGAUGAAGUUGUAGAACUUGUAGAUGAACUUAAAACACGACAAAUCAGGACGGAAACUCCGACACGUCUUCUACCGGAAACCACGACACUGACGAGGACGAUUUGGAGGCCCACGACAUCAUGCACUAGGGAAUUGAACGCACCGUCACUGUUGAUUUUGUGUUGCUGUACCAGGCAUGAUGAGGAUACCGUAGUGAAGUUGUGAUGCGUGAAGACUAGUAGUCUAUUGUUUAGCGACCACUAUAGCAACACAAAGUCUACUUUUUUCCCUCCACACUCGAGAAACCAAGGACAUCCAAGUCGCGGACAUGAAACAAAUGCAAACUUCUAUCGCAAGAAAAAGCUGUUUUACUGUAAGCUUGUGAUGCAUAGAAUGGAACGCAGACGCAUUCGUCUUGCUACGCAUGCAAAGCAUUUGGCUUUUAAAUGUGUUGUCCCCUAUUAAGCAUGCAUGACAAGUUUUCCUUGUCAUGAAAGAGAUGAACAAAUUUGUGCGUAAUACAAAAAUUGCAAAAUCCUUACAGUAAAACGCUUUUUUCCUACGAUAAGUUCCGCCGGCGAAACGGAUCCGUCUGGAUGGCACUUGCUGCUUCUGUCCACGGAAAACGAGCAGAAAAAGAAAGCAAACUGGAACAAAUCGGCAACUGGUACUUCGAACCUGCACCCAACCACCGUCGCUGGUGGCAAGAAGGGUAGUGUUGCCGGUGGGAAGGGCGGUGCCGAGCGGAGCCCGGCGUUGAACACGAACGGCACAACAGCGCAGAAGAUGAAUAACAACCAAAACCACAAGAACGGCUCCUCGAAAACGACUGCAAACGGUGAUCACCAAGCGGCGACGCUGAAAAACGGAAAGACAUCGGGGAAGAAUGGCCAACAUCGGCACGCGUCGACUGCGGGCACGGCUGGCGAACGGAACCACGGCAACCGCAAGGGGUUUCUGGCGCACGGGAACAGCUCUAACACGACCUCCAACGGAAUGAUGAAUAACAAACCCUCCACGGCAAAUGGAGCUGCGUCGCAGAAUAGCAAGAACCAGCAUCAGAAAGUGAACAAGCACUCGGCCCUGCCGAUCACCGAUGCGAAGACCGCCAAGCGCAUGACAGAGGAGAAACUGUUUGACGACGACGCUGACUACUCGCAGAAGCUGCUGAUCCAUGACGAACAGCAGGUGGGUGGGAAGCACGAGAAAGGAGAGGGGGACCACGGAAAUAACAAUCCGAACAACCAGAUGAUCACGUUGCCCAACCUAUCCUAUGUAAAAACGUCCCCACCCCAGAGUUGUCAUGCAAAUGCGCAAUGACAGGAACAUUUGUAAUGCGCAGCUCCAUGAUGAGAGGCAUUUCCAGUCGUGUUUUGGAAUUUGUAAUGCUGUAAAGAGCAUGAGAAAAUGGCUUUCUCAUGCGGCGUCACUUGCCAACCAGCAUUACACUGCAGAGGGAAAUUUGUCGUGCACAGCUCCCAAAACUUGGAGACUUGUGUUGCUAGAUUCCCAACUUGACUAGGGGGUGGGGACGUUUUUCCUUUCGAUACAACCCAUUCGGCAUCACCGGGAGUACCACUUUUGCGGCGCUCCAGGAGGGCGACAUGACCACCCCGUUCGCGGUGCAGACCCCCAGUCCGGCGUUUUUUGCGGCGCAGAUGCAAGGGUUUCUGCAGCAGCCGGAAGGCGUGGUGACGCAGGCAGGCGCAGGCGUCAUGAAUCCGGGUACGGGAGGUAUUCUGCAGUAUGGAUUGACGUCGUUUUUUUGCUCCCGAAUUCCUUGUACUUAGCACCUUAUUGCAUUUACCAGUAAUUCUACCAGACAAUUAUCUCUGAUACCACAAUUACAUCGCUAUUCGCUAAUAUCAAAAUCCUUAUCAGCUCCGUUUCAGCAACCCGGUGCCGCUCCGGCCGCGUUUAUGGACCCAUUUUACGGACCCACCGGUUUUUUCCAGCCAAUCGGCGCUUCCGAGCUGCUGCAGAUCGGGAACUUCCCGAUGAUGGCCGGAGGAGGCAACCUGGCCUACGGUCCCUCCGCGAUGGGGUUCGGUGCGGACUUUGCCGCGAUGCAGAUGCCGAUGGCGAUGCCCGGUAUGCCGUUUGGGUUUCACCCCGCGCAGAUGGGCGUGCCCGUGAACCAGGUACCGAUGGGCACUAUGCCGACUGUUCCGACGAACGCGGGCGCGCAGACUGCGAAUCCGCAGAAACCUUCCUCCCGUGCUGACGGAAGUCAGAAUAUGGAGUCGCAUUCGUGAAGAUUUGCGUUCAUUCGGCUAGGGAACGGGCAAAGCGGUUGUUUGUCAUGCUCAACCAUGAUGCUCCUUCCAAAUCCAUUUAAACGCGCCUUUGGUGUUUUGAUGAGGCCAGCAUCAGGAUUAGCAUUUCUGAUAAACGUUUUUGCUUUGUCGACCUAGUCCCCUUGAUCGUUUCCAUUUUCCCUCCUCAUACCAGAAGCACUGCCCGCCCCGACAACCGGCGGCUCCGCUCCGCAGCAUGACUCCUCGAUGAAGAUGAUCGCGGACGAAAUCCAGUCCAUGGCGAAACAGCUGGAACACACCAAGGACACGACCCCGGCCGGGAAGGAAAUUUUGCAGAAGUGCAAGGAUUUGCUGAAGAAAGCCCAAACUGCCGACGAGGCGAUCAAGAUCGCGGAAUCGAACAUGGAGCCAUUGCAGGUACUGCUGGGCGAGCAUCAACAAAGCGUGUUCGACACCGCGAAUUUGACGUCGUCGUAUCGUGAGAAAAAACUGUCUCAGUCUAAAAUUGUGAUGCACAACUUCCUUGAGAAGAUUUUUUGUCAUGCUGAACAUGCAAGAAGGUCGUCUUUCCUAUGUGUUUUCCCUGGUGUCUGACGCAUCGCAGGUUUUCCGUUUCAUGCUGAGUCUGCAAAGGUUUGAGACAGAUGGUUUUUUCUUGCGAUACCUCGGAGCAGUUGUUCAAUCUGGGAGCGGUAUCGAAGAGAAAAAAGCUCGGGUGCCACAUUUGUAAUGCAUAGAAUCAAUUAUUCACAGAAAGAUUUCUCAAGGGGAUCGCGCAUAGCACGCCGUUUAAGAUACGCAAUACAGAUUUUCCUGUGUCUUGAUUUUUGCAUUGCAAAUGAGUAUCAUGCGCUAGCUUUUUUCUUUGGGAUAAGUGGGUGGAGAUCCCUCGAUGCAGAUGCUAUUCAACAAAAGAACGUUGUAGGUGUAACUUUUUUGCAGAAACAGCAUUACAAAUCUGUCUGGCAUGGCAACAAAAACCUGUCACGCACAGAUAGUACGUGAAAAUGCACUUGAAUGGGCCCUGCCAUGCAUGUCCCGCAUGUUGCGCAUCACAAAGUUACACCUAAAGUUGUUUUUUUGUUGGAUAGAUGCCGAACGCGGACCAGUACUUUGCUGCCUUCGACUACCAAAAGAAAAAAGUGCUACAAUCACACAUUGUGUUACGAGACAAGAAGUAAGAGAGACAAGUUCUGUCAUGCCGGAUAAGUAAGUAUCCACCUCAGAAAACUCGGUUUAGUAUGCGUGUUUUUCCUUAUGAUCUCUGCAUUACAGGUUUUCUCCGUCAUGAUACCAAGCCACUUUGUGUUGCUAAAGUUACAACAAGUGUGUAAAAACUCGAACACUUUUUUCGUACCAUAUCGACAAGGAACAUGCCAAGACGCUGUUGGAGUUCGACUACCCGGCGCCGCACGCCCCACCGAACCGUCCGCCGCCGCCCCCGCCGCCGGGCGGUUUCAAGAAGAAGCGGUUGUCGGACCAGAUCUCUUGCGCAGAGCAGGAUGUGGAGAUGAAUUAUCGGCGCACCUCGAUCAACGAGGAAACGGUGUCGCUGGCCAGUCCGGACCUGGAGAACAUGGAGAAAAACCUGCUACUAAACCAGCAACUGGAGAAGGAAUUCGUCACUGCGAGUCCGGUAUCAAAUGCAAAAAUGUCUGGGUCUGGAAGGUUACAAGGUUUGUCAUGCAUAUUUUGCAUGACCCAGGAUUGUCUGUAAUGCGUGAUCUAGCAUCACAUAUUUUUAGAGGCCUUCCUGAUGCCUAUCCCGCAUGACAAAUGCCCUCCCUGCGUAGCACAAACUGGGCGUCUCGUCUUGCUGGCCAUGCAAUACAGAUUUUUUUAGGAGUCCAAAGUUAGCAUCACAAGUUCCAACCUUACAGACCCAGACAUAUUUGCAAUGCAUAUCCGGAAGAGAGGAACGUGGAAAUUGCGGGCUUGAGCAAUAAUUUCCCGCAAGCUGGUGGUCAUCAGCAACGUGCUGCUGUCGCGGGGAACAGUAUGGCGGGACAAGGUAAUAACUCUUCAACUCAUUUUGGUAAAGGUUUGUCGUUUGAAAUUUGUCAUGCGCUAGUUUCGUGCAUCGAUAGAUUUAGAUCGGAAGAUGAGGAUUGGUUCUCUGUGAGCCCAGUCCUACGUUCUCUUUGUUAUCCAAAUUCGUAAUUCGUGAAAAACGACUUUUCGGCUCUCCAGACACGACCGGAAUGUUUAAUCAAGCCCCGAUGGACCUGGCCGCUUUGUACCAUCCGCCACUGUACUACUUUGCUCCGUACUGCGACCCGUUUCAGGUUCCGCCGCCGGGAUUGGGAAUGGGAUUGUAUUUCUUGCUGUUGGUUUAGGUUUUUACUCUACAAUGAGUACCAUUCUAAAAAAUCGAUCUUGUCAUGCAUAUAUUGCAAAAAAAAUUUGAAAACUCCUUCACGGAGCAAUGGGAAGAAUCAUCCGACUUUCAGGCUCCACCCAGCGAGCGCUCCUGCCACCUCGUUUCCGUUCUUGAAUGCCGCGGGUGUGGUGCCCCCGACGGCCUUCAACCCGGCCGGUGCUGCUUUUGGCACUGCUCCGGCAGGGAUGUACGGAGUUGGCGCUCAAGCGGCCCCAGGUGCCCCCGGAAGUAACAUGUCUUCCGCGCAGCAGCCGAAACAAGCGACAUUGGCUCAACAACAUCUGGCUUCCACUUCCCACCAAGAACCAGCUUCCGCAGCUACGGAUCAUCUCCAUCAACACCAGCAGUUUAUGGCGAGCCAGCUGCCAGGUGCAACAGGUACAACGAUGAACGGAAACAAUGACAGCAGCAUGAGCGGCAAUCCUUUCCAUGGAUCUGUGGGGCUGACCAACAACGCGACUACUGCUGGCACGAUGAACUACGGAAAUUUGCACAACACCACUUCUGGUUCCAUCGGCACGAUGGGCUUGACCAAAUCUGGUUUGGCAAACUACAACGCGAACCACUAUCACCAGCACAACUCCCACAACAUGUUGCACGGUCAGCACGCGAACGGCUAUGGAUCGACGAGCACCUCCGCCGGGUUGGAAAAGCAACAAAGUAUUCAUUUGGGCGGGCCGAACUCGAACAAUCGCUCGACGGCCACCGCGAGCGGAAUGUUAAGCGGAGGACCGUCUGCGGCCCCGCAGAGCGCUUCCGCAAUGGCGAUCGGGAUGUUGAACAAUGCGGGACAGCAUCAGCAUCUCAGCUCGCAAAUGCACAUGCCAUCGUCGACGAACAACAAUAAUUACGCCAGCAAGGAUAGCAUGACUAUGCAGCAGCAGCAGGGUGGCAGCAAGUUACCCAACGGGAACGGUUCUCCGACGCAGCGCAUGGAGCAGCAGCUGGCUGCCCAAGAUCGUGGUGCCAGUGCGCAGCAAUUGGUGCAGGAAAAGUGGUACGAGGUGAAGCGGCGCAACUACCAGAACGACCCGGGUCCGGGUGUACCAGCCGAGCCGCACAUGUUCAUCGAUCCGACCAAGCCUCGGAAGCAGUACUUUUUCUGUUUUAUAGGAUGCUCUCGACUGCCCUCCUCACGUCUGAUAGAUCGGAGUGUACUGAAGCGUUGCGACCCUGACGGGAGGUGACAUUUUUUGUCAUGGACAAUAAUAAAUCAUUUCUUUGCGACAAAUGAAACAAAUCGUAUCAGGUUCGAGGAUUAUUAUUACGACACGAAGCAGGAUUUCAUUGACUACCCCAAAACCUUCGACUACAUCAUCAAGCACUACUCGAAGCGGAUUAACUCCUACGGGAUCGACGAGAAGCUGCUGAACGACGUGAUUGUGCAGUUGAUGAAGCCCCUGGAAACCGACCGCCCGUUCGAGGCCUUCAACCUGGUGUGGCAUUUUCUGAAGUGGUUGCGCCAGAUGCAGGUGGAGAUCAAAACCAAACUGUUCACCCUCAUCAUUCGCAGCUUCGAAAAGUGCCAUGAACCGGCCAAGUACGUGGGGGCCAUGCUGGACAUCUACAAGCGCUUGCCGGCGCGGAACUCGUACUGGCUUGUUUGCUGCAUAAUUCUCGGCAGUUGUACUUGGGAUGAAAAAACGACGACUACAUUGUAUGGGAUUUUUCUGUUGUGACGUCGAAUUUGUCUUGAUAGUGAGGAAAGUAGCAGUCUCUUUCCCAAACAAAAUUUAGGACUUUGCAAAAAAUAAAUGUACACAAAACUAUCCAGCCAUGCUACCGCCGCGAUGAUCAAGGCACAUGGUGUAGCGCAGGAUGUGGGACAGUGCGUGGAGUACCUGAAACAGUACAAGAUGUUGCCGAAGCACGAUUCUUAUCAACUGCAAAUUUGUCUGUGUCUGGAGGGUUGCAGCUUGUGAUGCUGUUUUUGGAUUCCAAAAAAAUCUGUAUUGCAUGACAACCAAGAGGCGCCCAGUUUGUGCCACUCGUGGACGGCAUUUCUCAUGCGGAAUAGGCAUUAGGAAGCCCCCUAAAAAUCUGUGACGCUAUGGCAUGCAUUACACACAUCAUGGGCCACGCAAAAUAUGCAUGACAAACAUGGCGAUCUUCCAGACCCAGAUAUAUUUGCAUUUGAUAACUCUAACAAGCGCUUCAACUUUGUCGUGUACCAGGCCGCUUUGGACGCUUCUAUUCUGCACCUGCGGAACGUACUUUUUUUACUUGCGGUUAUUUCUCCUGUGCUGUAAUGGACAGCGACAGAAACAUCUCGUGAGCGAGAAAAGCUUGCAGAUUGAUAGAUGAGUACUUAUGACAAAACGCGAUCAAUAUACUCCUUAAUGAAAAAUACAGAAACACCGUCGCUUGGAGGCCAUGGCGCGGUUAUUCAUCUACGAGGAGUAUGUGUCACAGUGCGAUUAUCAAAAAGAAUGCCGGUGAUCGUUCUUGCUUUAUCGCAAGAACACUUAUUUCUGUUUCACCAUGCAUGCUUUUUUGUCAUGCGAACGCGAAGCAUCUGAUUUGAGUGGCAGUGACCUACAGGCAUGACAAAAAGAAGUGGGAUGUGUGUUGUAGCGCUAAAUCAAAACGAUUCUCUACCCCUGGAUACCCCCGAGCCGAUGAGCCGGCGAAAGAUCGACCCGACGCGCAACCCCCGGCAGACGCACCCGCACUUGUACUACAACUACCAUUCUUCGGACCAGUGACCACCAAGGUUAAGAAAACUUGUAAAAAUAGUAUACUUUGUAAGAAAGAAGUUGCAAGAUAGUUGUUUUCAUGCUGCUCAUACAAACUGUCCAUGUUU